CCGGUCACACCCAGCUGACAGGGAACACCGGAGAAGCUCUGGCUCCUCCUUUACUCACAGACAAAAGAGGAAGCAGCAAUAAAGGAGGCCUGGAAGCUUUCCCCCUGAGAGCCGCUGCCUGUUCUGGCACUCCUGGAAUGGAACGAAGCGGGGUCCGCUUCCUCCAGGGUACGCGGGGAGCCUGAGUGCGGAGCCAGAAACUGAGUGAGGAGAGGUCUUGGAGCCGGGGGAAAGAGAGCUCUGGCACAGCCUUCCCCCGAUGGGGCACACAGCGUUCUUCCAGUUGCAAACAUUGUCAGUCUUAAUUGGAUCCCUGGGGCCCCACCCUUUGACUCUGGCUAUUUGUGGAGAUUCUAAAUCUUGAAAAAUUGGGGUUUUCAAGCAUACCCUGUCCUCUCCACAGCCCAGUAUGGUGAUUCUGUCCCGGCUUCUACUCGGUCUCAUCGUGGCUUUCCUUCACUUUGCCAGAGCAGAGAAAUGCAAAGUCAGCACCGAAAGUCAACAUUUUGUGGCAGGACAGCCUUUUGCUCUUUCUUAUACACUCAGAGAAGGGAAAUACAGUCAUGAAAAUGUGACCUGCUAUAAAAAUUCUAGCAUAACUCCAAUAACUCUGGACAGAAAUUCUAGAGUCCACCAGUAUCUGAAUCAAAUUUUAUUUUUUCCUUUGACAUUGGAAGACUCAGGAAUAUAUCAAUUUGUCAUAAGGGAUUUAGGUAGCUGUCAAAAUAUCUUCGUGAAUCUAACUGUUCAAAAUAGGAGUAGUGGUUGGUGUGGUGAUUCCAGCAAAGACCUAGCAGGGCUAGCAGAUUAUCACAGCCAACAAACAUUAUAUAUGGGGACAACUAGCAUUCUUGCAUGCCAUAUAAUUGCCUUCCCAAACAAUACUUUAAGCCCAAUACAGUGGUAUAAGGAAUGUAAACCUAUUGGAGACAAAGAGAACUAUUUUUCUGUGAGAUAUGAUCUCUUUAUAAAAAAUACAUCAGCUGAGAAUGCAGGAACAUAUUUAUGCAGGACAAAACUAACAUACAUGGGAAAACAUUAUGAUAUUUUAAAUAGAAUUUCCACAACUCUAUUAAACAAUGUAGAAAGAAGGAAAGAACCUGAAAUUAUCUAUCCAAGAAAUAAUUCCAUUGAAGUACAGCUUGGCUCUUCUCUUAUUAUAGACUGCAAUAUAAAAGAUGGGAAAGAGAAUUUAAAUUCUAGAAGUUGGAAAGUCAAUGAUACUUUAGUAGAUUUUCUUAACUCUAACAGAAUCAAAGAAGGAAUUGAAUCAAAUGUUUCUUGUGGGGAAAAAUACAUUUUCUAUACUGUAAAUAUCAGCUUCUCUGAGGUAAGACAAGAAGAUUAUGGCCGUCCCUUUAUAUGUAUAUCUGGAUCAUCAGCAGCAUUUAUCAUGCUCAAACAUCCAGCUCCAGAUGUUCGAGGAUACCUAAUAGGAGGGCCCAUUGUUCUAUUGUGUGUGAUUAUGGUUGUUACGCGCACCUACCACAUUGUCAAAGUUGACAUUGUGCUUUGGUAUCGAAGCACCUUUUAUUCUACUUUGAAUCAAGAAGAUGGCAAGCUCUAUGAUGCAUAUGUUUUAUAUCCAAAACCUAAAAGUGAAAGCCAGAGCCAAGACAUGAACAUUUUGGUGCUGAGAAUCCUGCCUGAAGUCUUAGAGAGACAGUGUGGGUACAGACUAUUUAUAUUUGGAAGAGAUGAUUUACCAGGACAAGCUGUGGCCAAUGUUAUUGAUGAAAAUAUUAAGCUAAGUAGAAGAUUGAUAAUCAUUUUGGUCACAGAAUCUUCAAGUUAUAGUUUAUUAAAGAACAUGUCAGAAGAACAAAUCACUAUCUACAAUGCUCUCAUCCAAGAUGGAAUGAAAGUCAUUCUUAUUGAACUGGAGAAAAUCCAAGAUUAUACAGACAUGCCAGAAUCAAUUAAAUACCUUAAGCAGAAACAUGGGGUGCUGCGGUGGAGAGGGAACUACACAGAGGGAUUACAGUCAGCAAAGACAAAGUUCUGGAAAAAUGUAAGAUACCAUAUGCCACCUAAACGGUACCCAUCUUCGCUAGAACAGCUGAUGAAGUCAGCACCCUGCAACUACUCCAUGAGCUAGAAAGAGAUAAAUACUGGGCUCUAGACUGAAUGAUCUACAACCUGCUUCUAUGGCUUUAUUGUUCAAUGGUAACUAUGUGCCAUCAAAGUUUGGUAUUGAAAAAAGUUUUUCAUUUGAGCCUACCUGCUCAACAGAUAACUCCCUUUUGGGUUUGUCAGGGUGGGGACCAAAUCACUCACCAUAAUCAUUUCUAUGAAUCGUUAUGAUAUCUUAAGAUAGUUCUAUUUAGAAGCUGGGUAACUUGUUCAAGAUCAUACUUAUGGUAGAUGUCCAAGGUAGAAUUUGAGAACAUAUGUUUAGCAUGAUUUCAUAUGUUGAAUUGAUAUAUUGCUCAUCUCAAUAUGUGAAUUAGAAGUGGAAGGAAACGAGAGAAUUCAGAGCUCAAAAAUUUGUUUUUAAAUUUAGUAUUUAAAAAAAUGAUAAUUCCAGUUAAAAGGCAAAUGAGUUACUUUGGGAAAGAUAACACAGUUACCCAUUGCACAAAUUAGCAAAAUUUACUUAUCUGAAUAUACGGCUCCAACUAACUUUCUGAUGGAAUAGAAAAGACAAGUAAGUUUUAGUAAGAAGUUGAAAGAAAGAAAAAUCUGGGUUGUGGGAUAUAUGUCAAAGAAGUUCUCUUUGACAGCUUGGCUCCCUGAACUGCCAGUAUGAUACUAUCUGGGUAACUGAGUCUCUAGCUAAGAAAAGUAUAGCUGGAGUGGAGAUUGCUGCUUAGAACACAUUUUGCCUGCUUUGUAUAUUUCAAUGAGGCUAAAAGUCAUUUA